AGGAUUCGCCAGCUAACCCAGCGCCCACCUGCGUAUCAGCCAAUCAGAACGCCCUCUUUAUCUAACGUCACGCUGCGUAAUUAAUAUUCACGCGCCACGCCUUCGCCAUAGUAGGAUCGGUGUAGUCUCUCCGGCGGUGAAGGGGUUAACGGGGAGUUAACGCGCCCGCAGUGGAGCAGAUGAUCGCAAUAUUGAUAGCGAGAGGUGCGGAGACGCUACAACGCUUCUCGGAGACACAUUUUACAAAUAUUAUUUGGAUUUAAUUUGCAUCGCUACGGGAUCGUGACGCGACCUCGGCAGUGAUGCGUUCGCGUCUUUUUGGAUGAUACAGAGUGAACGCGACGCGUCGCGCAGAUACCUAAGCGGAUACAAAUCCAUUUGUGAAUAUAAUAUUAUAUCAUCAUCGCGUAGAUAUUCAGACUAGGGAGCGUUUACCAAUGCGCAGACGCGGGUCUCAGUGUGCAGGAGGAGGAGGAUGAUGAUUUUGAGGAAGAUGAAUCCAUCUCACCUUUUUCAUUUGAAUGAAUAGUUAUUGAUUACUCUAGUUUACAGUAGAUUGAAGACAGGGAGGAGGAACCCGAAGGCGCAAUGGUCAUAGUUGAUGGAUGCACUUUACUCAGGCUCGAACCUGCACCCGCCGGGUCUCCCGCCUCAGGUGUGUGAGCAUCACUCACUCAGCCGUCAUGUUGCCCGGGGUGGGUGUGUUCGGCACCAGUCUGACGGCCCGGGUCAUCAUCCCUCUGCUGAAGAACGAGGGCUUCUCGGUGAAGGCGCUGUGGGGUCGCACGCAGGAGGAGGCGGAGGAGCUCGCGCGCGACAUGGACGUGCCCUUCUACACUAACCGGAUCGAUGACGUGCUUCUGCAUCCGGAUGUGGACCUGGUGUGCAUUAACCUUCCGCCACCGCUCACGAGACAGAUCGCCGUCAAGACACUAGGUAUUGGUAAAAAUGUGAUCUGUGAUCGGACGGCGACUCCGCUGGACGCCUUCCGCAUGAUGUCAGCCGCCCAGUAUUACCCGAAGCUGCUGAGCAUCAUGGGAAACGUGCUGCGGUUCCUCCCGGCGUUCGUGCGCAUGAAGGAGCUCCUGGAGGAGGGAUACGCGGGAGAGCUCCUGGUGUGUGAGGCGCAGGUUCACUCCGGAAGCCUUCUCGGGAAGAAGUACAACUGGAGCUGCGACGACCUGAUGGGGGGGGGAGGACUGCAUUCGGUGGGCAGUUACAUCAUCGACUUGCUCACGUUUCUGACCGGCCAGCGCGCGGCGAAGGUGCACGGCUUCCUCAAGACCUUCGUCAAGCAGACCGACCACAUCCGGGGAAUCCGGCAGAUCACCAGCGACGACUUCUGCACCUUCCAGAUGGUCCUGGAGGGAGGCGCGUGCUGCACGGUCACGCUCAACUUCAACGUCCCCGGGGAGUUUCGGCAGGAGGUCGUGGUCGUGGGAACGGCUGGGAGGUUGAGGGUUUGCGGGACGGAUCUGUACGGGCAGAAGAACGAUGGCCAAUGUGGACAGGAGCUUCUUCUCAAGGACAAAACGCAGAUAGAGAAUGCAUCCCUGCCCGAUAAGGCUUUCCGGGACAUCCCGUCUCCGUAUCUCACCGGCACCAUCUGCAUGGUCCAGGCCGUCCGCCAGGCGUUUGAGGAGCAGGACGACCGGCGCACGUGGGACGGGCGACCGCUCACGAUGGCCGCGACCUUCGAGGACUGUUUGUACGCGCUGUGCGUCGUGGACACCAUCAAGAAGUCGAAUCAGUGCGGCGAGUGGCAGAACAUCGAGGUGAUGACGGAAGAGCCCGAGGUCAGCCCCGCGUAUCUGAUCAGCGAAGCCAUGAGACGCAGCCGGAUGUCACUGUACUGCUAAUGCUAAUGCGGAUCAUGCAUGCUAGCAUGGAAAUGGAUUAUAGUCCCAAAC